CGGUUCCCGGGCUUCACGGCAGAUUCGUCACAUCGGCGGGCCGGGACCGGCCCCACAGGCUCUAAAAAAUUCAGCGGCAGCUCUUCCCGGGCCCAGGGAGCUUGUGCUACGCGGCUGCGCGCUGGGCCGCGAACAGAGCACGGAGCUGGCCUCGGCGGCCGUGGCGAAUCGGCGGGGCCUGAGCGCGCCGCGGCGACUCCGGGGACCGAGUAGGCGCGCGCCUUCCCGAGACCCCUGCCCGCCGCCGAGACCCCUGUCGGCCCCGAGGGCCCUGUCGGCUCCCGCCCGCCCCGAAAGCCUCUUCCCGCCGCACCACGAGCUCCAGGAUGGACCCAGCGCUCUCUGCGGUCCGGCUCAGCGUCCGGGAAGCCGUGCACACCCUUUCAUCUGAGGAUGGCGGCCGAAUCUUCUCCACCCUGGGGUCCCUGAAGCGGUAUCUUGGCCAGACAGAGAACCCAGCCCUCCCUGGGGAGCAGGAGGAGUUUGCCAGGGUCCACUUUUCCGCCUUUCUCAGAUGUCUUGUCAGCAAGCUGAGCCCGGACUGGCUGGAGCUGCUCCCCGAUGGCCAGUUGGAGGAGCUAUGGGCCAGCUUCUUCCUAGAGGGCCCGGCCGACCAGGCCUUCCUGGUGCUGAUGGAGUCCAUCGAGGGCACUGCCGGCCCGAGCUUCCGUCUGAUGAAAAUGGCGCAGCUGCUGGCCAGGUUCCUGAGUGCAGGCAGGAUGGCGGCCGUGCUGGAGGGUCAGUGUUGGCAGCACAUGGAGUCGGCCUCGCCCCUGCUCCAGGAGACGCUCCUCAUCAGGGUGGUGACCCUGCCUGAUCGGCUGGGCAACCGUCUGCAGCGGGAGAGCCUGGCCGUGUUCUUGCCCCAGAACUACUUCCCUCUGCUCGGCGAGGAGAUUGUGCGGGUGCUGCAGGCUGUUGUGGACUCUCUCCGAGGUGGCCUGGACUGCUCUGUCUCCUUCGUGUCUCAGGUCCUCGGGAAAGCCUGUGUCCACGGGAGGCAGAAGGAGAUCCUGGGCGUGCUGGUGCCCCGGCUGACGGCGCUCACCCAGGGUAGCUGUCUCUGGCAGCGGGUCUGCUGGCGCCUGGUGGAGCGCGUGCCCGACCGGGCCAUGGAGGCCGUGCUGACGGGGCUCGUGGAGGCUGCCCCGGGGCCUGAAGUCCUCUCUCGACUGUUGGGGAACCUGGUGAUGAACAGCAGGAAGGCCCAGUUUGUGCUGACUCAGAAGCUUCUGUUCCUACAGUACCGAUGCACGACGCCCAUGCUGCAGAGCCUGCUGGGGUACCUGGCCACGGACAGCCAGCGGCGCCCGCUCCUUGUACAGGCACUGAAGGAGCUCCUGGAGACGUGGGGCAGCAGCAGCGCUGUCCGCCACACACCCCUGCCGCAGCAGCGCUAUGUCAGCAAGGCUGUGCUCAUCUGCCUGGUGCACCUGGGGGACGCGGAGCUCCACGACAGCCGGGACGAGUUGCUGGCCAGCCUGAUGGCGGGAGUGAAGUGCCGCCUAGACAGCAGCCUGCCCCCCGUGCGCCGCCUGGGCAUGGUCGUGGCCGAGGUGGCCAGCACCCGCAUCCACCCCGAGGGGCCUCCCCUGAGGUUCCAGUAUGAAGAGGAUGAACUGAGCCGAGAGAUGCUGGCUUUGGCCACCUCCCGGCCUGCGGCUGACGGCUCCUUGGAGACAGGCCCGUCAGUUCCUCCAGUUGCUGCAGAUACCCCUGACAAAGAGCCUGAAGAAAGCGACAUCCCCCAGCGACGGCCGGACGGCUCCGACUCCGAGCUGGACAGCGAUGACGAGUUUGUCCCUUAUGACAUGUCAGGGGACCAAGAGCUGAAGAGCAGCAAGGCGCCCAUGUACGUCCGGGACUGCGUGGAAGCCCUGACCACGUCUGAGAACUGGGAGCGCUGGGAGGCGGCCCUGCGGGCCCUGGAAGGGCUGGUCUUCAGGAGCCCGGCUGCCACUCGGGAGGUGAGCGUGGAGUUGGCCAAGGUGCUGCUGCACCUGGAGGAGAAGACGAGCGUGGCGGGAUUCGAGGGGCUGCGCCAGAGAGCCCUGGUGGCCGUCACAGUCACAGACCCGGCCCGGGUAGCGAAGUAUCUGACCUCACAGUUCUACGCCCUCAACUACAGCCUCCGGCAGCGCAUGGACAUUCUGGAUGUCCUGACUCUGGCCGCCCAGGAGCUGUCUCGGCCUGGGCGCCUUGGGAGGGCGCCCCAGCGUGGCUCCCCUGGUCCUGCCUCCCAGCCCAGCAGUGCUGUGGCUCCUGCCUGGCGCGCGGUCGUGGAGGAGCGGAUCAGAAGCAAGACUCGGCGGUUCUCGAAGGGCUCUGCGGGGCGGGGACCGGCCGCUGGCCCCAAUGAAUUCAACUCAGUUGCUGGCUACUUCUUCUUCCCCCUCGUUCAACAUUUUGACAGGCCUCUGGUGACCUUUGACCUUUUGGGAGAUGACCAGUUGGUUCUGGGGAGACUGGCCCACACCUUGGGGGCCCUGAUGUACCUGGCUGUGAAUACCACGGUGGCUGUGCCCAUGGGCAAGGCCCUGCUGGAGUUCGUGUGGGCCCUUCGCUUCCAUGGAGAUGCCUACGUGCGCCGGGGCUUGCUGUCCGCCGUCUCCUCCGUCCUCCUCAGCGUUCCGGCUGAGAGACUGCUGGCGGACCUGCCGGAUGAGCUGCUGGAAGCCCGGGCCUGGCUGGCGGACGUGGCUGAGAAGGAUCCGGACGAAGACUGCAGGAUGCUGGCGGUGCAGGCGCUGCUGCUUUUGGAGAAACUCAAAGACAAACUCCUCCCCCUUUCUUUCCCUUAGCCCCCAGCACCCUCCUGGCGCCAGUCCCACUGGGAGAGGUGAAGGCUCGGGGUGCCAAGCACAAGGCCCGAGGAGGGAGCCCAACAUGCAGUUUUGUGGUCCGGCCAGCUCGUGAGGUGGGCCGUCUGGCACGAGUGUGCAUGCAGGAAGGCCACUGCCCUGCUCCUGCCACUAUUUAUAGCCUGGGAAGUCUGAGUGCCUUGCUACAGUCCCCACGAGGGCCUCUAGGCAGGGCCCUCCACAGACCGAGCACCCUGAAGGUUGGGGGGGGUCCCCGAGGAGGGACACGGGCGGGGCAGGACCAGCAGAGUGGCGGUUGCUGGAGGGAGGGGGAGGAGGUGCUGGUGCGCAGAGCUGGACACGCAGAGUGGCGGCUGCUGGAGCCCAUGGGCGCCACGGCUCCGACCCCUCACUUAAAGGCGGGUGACUUCAAACGACAGAAAAGGAGAAUAAACAGGACGCAGGCGC